UAAACCAGACUUUCUGCUUCCUCCCUGUGCUGACUGCGAUAUCAGACAGCUGAAGUCCUGAUAUGUGGUUCAGGUCACUGGCGGUGGGUGCCUGCACUCUCGGUGUUCUCGGAGCUGUCUCGCAUAAAUUCGUUCCCACAGGCUUGUUUCACUCCGCUCUUAGGAAGUCAUCUCUGGUGGAACAGACAGACAUGAAGGUAGAACUGCUGCCUGCUCUCACCGACAACUACAUGUACCUCCUCAUCGAUGAAGACACGAAGGAAGCAGCCAUAGUCGAUCCAGUAGAGCCUCAGAAAGUUGUAGAUGCGGUCAAAAAGCAUGGUGUGAAGCUCAAAACCGUCCUGACAACUCACCAUCACUGGGAUCAUGCAGGAGGUAAUGAAAAACUGGUAAAGCUCAUGCCAGGACUGACAGUUUAUGGGGGAGAUGACAGAGUGGGAGCUUUAACUCAGAAAGUCACACACCACAACACUUUCAAAGUGGGCUCCCUGAAUGUAAAGUGUUUGUUCACGCCAUGUCACACCAGCGGUCACAUCUGCUAUUUUGUUACAAAAGAAAACAGCACCGAACCACCAGCUGUGUUUACAGGCGAUACUCUGUUCGUGGCCGGCUGUGGAAAGUUUUUUGAGGGUACUGCUGAUGAGAUGUAUAAAGCCCUGAUCGAGGUUUUAGGCCGUCUUCCUCCAGAGACACGUGUGUACUGUGGUCAUGAGUACACCAUCAAUAAUCUGAAGUUUGCUCGGCAUGUUGAACCAAAUAAUGAGGUCAUCCAGAAAAAGUUAGCAUGGGCUAAGGAAAAAUACGAUAACGGAGAGCCAACCAUUCCCUCUACACUGGCUGAUGAGUUCACAUUUAACCCCUUCAUGAGAGUGAGGUAUGUGAAAUAACUCCUAACUAUACAUCAUAUAAACCUUGCACCAUC